GGGCGGCAGAAGCACUUCAGCACCAUGGCCAGCACCGGGCACCCGCCCGCCCGCAGAGCUCGGCGGUGAAGGAGGCGGCAGCGGCGACCCACGGGUGACCGAGAAACGUGGAGGACGGGAUUUCCAGCUCGGUGAUUACGUGCUUUUAUGGAGACCAGUCACACGAAAGGUCAAAGCAUGACCUUUGACCUCCUGCGCUGUGUUUUAAUCCGAGGAAAGAACAGAGCUACUUCACUGAUGCAAAUGGAAUAGAAAACAGGCUUCUGCUCUACGAUCACGCUCUUCACAAUGUGUUGGACUGCAGGCAACGGAAGCAGUAACAGAUGCUUUUUGUCUUCAUUAUAGUAAGUGGCAAAUCUCUUUGUCAGAUGAGGACAAGGGUUGCAGCUACUGGCUACUAGAUUUUGGGUUAAAUUAAGAAGCUAAAGGAGAAAAGUGUAACAGGAUCAAAGAAACACAGUAUGUUUAAAAAGAUCCAUUCUAUAUUUCACCCCAACUCCCACCGAAGAAAUGCAACAGAUGACAUUCCUUACUGGGAUGGCACAGGUUCUGCUGUCAGACUGAUCCGCAGCACCUCUAUGUAUGUCCUUGGAGAUGAGCAGGAAAAAGUGAGUGAACCAUUAAAAAAAUGCAAAAGUACAAACAGCAUUGACUCCUGCAGCCAGUCAAAAGAGGAAGACAGAGAGUGGAUGUACUCUAAGACUCAGGACUGCUUGAAAUACUUACAGGACUUGUUAGCCUUGAGGAAAAAAUACUUUGACAACAUCAAUAAGUUGAAAUCCAUGCAUAUGACUGCAGAUUCCCCAACAUCCACAAAAUCAUCCAAAACUGGAAAGAAGUCAUUUCUUCCACUUUCCUCCAAAGAGUUUUCUAAGGCAUCCAUGGAGAGAAGAAAAAUCCCACAGCCCAGUUCAGAUGUAAGAGAAGCUAUAGCGUUCUUUGACUCGGUUAUUGCAGAUCUGGAUUCAGAGAGAUGCCGGAGAGCUCCUGACAUGGACCUGCCGAAUGUGGAUGUUGAUUUUGAUGUGGCUACCAGCACAAGUGAACACAGUUUACAUUCAAUGAUCCUUCGUGCUCCUCGCAGGUACUCAGAAGAUACUGCCCAAACAGCAAAGGCUGCAAACCAGUCACAAAAAAACAGCCAACAGAAGAACACUGGCUCUAGGAAGAGGUUGGAAAGACAUCCUAUGUACUUGCCCAAAGCUGUGGAGGGAGCAUACAACACAUUAAAAUUUAAGCCCAAAACCACGAAAGAAGAUUAUUGA